AUGAAUAGGAUAACGCCGUCAAAAGUCACAUUUGAGAUAUCUAGCAUAAAAAACAAUCCACACCUUUAUCUUUUGGGAUAUCCAAAGCCCAACAUCUUGAAGAAGUUUGUUUCCGGAAGCAUCCUACUUGUGCAUGGAUUGGAUACUCUAAAAAUCCAGUUCCUGUCCUGCCCCUUCAGCAAUCACAAUAACCAUGUGGCUGUUUUCUUUCAGCCUUUCCUCUGCAAACUCAAAAAAUCCACCGGGACCUUCAAGGUAAAAGGGUGA